GGAACGGCAAAAAAAAGCAAACACCAGAAUAAUAGAUAGUGAUGUUGUGUAUUACUAGGCGGCGCAACAUGGGCACCAUAAGUACUUCAAUUCGAAUUCUAUUUCCAUCCCCCCCGCUCCAUUCCGACCCGUAGAAAACCCAUAGCAGCCAGCCGGUUGUUGGAAAUAACCAAAACGGCCUUUUUAAGGUUUCGACUUUACUGUUCAUCUUUUUGGAAAAGCGUUAACCCCCAAAAUCCGAACUCGUCAAGUAGAGGAGAGCGAAAGCAGCGUGAAUGCAAUACACAAGUAGAAGUAGAGCAGCUUCAGCCUGCAGAUGAGCGCCUUCUAUUUGGCUUGAGUCUUUUUUGAUAGAAAAAGCUUUUAUUCUUCCUUGCAUACAAAUAGCACUACCGAGACUGACGAAUCAAGAUUUUCUACAUCGCACUGGUUUUGGUUAAGAUCCGACCGUCUACUCUUUCGGUUACCUCGUUUUUUUUUUUUGAAAAUCACUAUCCGAACCUUUUUGCUCGUAGUUUAGAUUUGAUAUUCUUCUCACCAAAGCAGAAGUUUUGCCCUGAAGAAAAAACAAAACGAACCCAUCGCAAGAACUACCGUAUCAACACUGAAGCGAAACAAGAACCACGCGUUUACUACUGAACUGGCAAAGUAGAAGCUUUACUGCGCGAGAAUACGCUUAUCGUAACCCCGUCAGUUGGGUAAAUCAUUCAUUCAUUCAACGGCACAAAUAAGAUUAGACAAACUGUCCAGCACCACGGCGCACAAAUAAUUUGAGUGAAGAUUUGCUGAUGAGCUGCAAGUACAAAAGAGUCAAAUAAAAAAAUCCCUAGGCGACCUGUCGAGAACUAUAGAAAGACAAACACAAGUUUUACCCGGUAUUCGGUGUAAAGAAGGCACUAGACCAGCACACUGGUUUCAUUCCUUUUGUCCACAACACUCUCUGCAAAAUGUCGGAAACUCUCUCCGCCUGGGGCACUACCGCCACCUUCGCCCGUCCGGCCGUCGGGAAGGACGGCGGCGGUUCGGAGCUCGGACCGAAAAACACCUACAGCGACUGCGUUUAUGCAAAGGAUGAAGGUCGUUGAUUCUUUUUUGCUAACGUCCGCGUUGUUCAGGAAGUUGCAUGACGAAAUCGACCACGUACUACAUGUGGAUGCCGUGUAUGCUCUUGUGAUUCCGUGUCGUGUGUGGUUAAGUACGCGUACGCAAAAUAGAGAGAAUCAAACUCUACUUCCUGUGAAUACCCCCGUCGCGGAAUACAUCUGGCUGGAUGCGGCUGGCGUGACGCGCUCCAAAACGAAGACGCUGUCCAAGAAGCCCGUGUCGGUACUGUUUAAAAAUGUUGAUCGGAAAUUAAGUGUAUUGCAGUAUACUUGUCUGUCAUGCACAGGGGAAGUGGAAGUAGAUGAUGACGUCAAUAAAUGGAACUUGUUGAUGCGACUGCGAGCUUAUGUUUACCUCUGUCAUCUUCUGUUGACAUUUUUCAUGAAAAAAAAAUCUAAAUCAAGCCCGACGAUUGCCCAAUGUGGAACUUCGAUGGAUCCUCUACCGAGCAAGCCCCGGGCUCUUAUGGGGCUCUCAAACGUCACAUUCUCAACUGUUACAUGAAUUUGUCAUGCAAAAACAACAUCAUCAUCCUCUCGAUCAAGCUGCUCCGCAUUACAAAUUUGCGGAGAGCUAAAAAGCACUAUAAUCCGUCCCAAAUCUGUAAUGCAAAAGGCGCAAUCCUCCUCCUUUCACUGUUGCCCUUCUUGCAUUGCAAAUUCAUAUAGCAGCUGAGAAUGUAACAUUUGAGAACUCCAUAGCUCCGACUCCGAAAUUCUGCUGAUUCCCCGGGCUCUGUUCAAGGACCCCUUCUUAUGCAGAUUGCAAAAGUAGUUCAUAUCAUAUCGACGUACUCCUCCGCAUGAACAAUUUCACCAGGGUUUAUAAAUGCUGAAUUCUUAACAAAAGAAACUACAUCUCAGUGUGUUUAUGUCGAAAAAGUUGACCAUGACGCCAGAUGUAGUUUGUCAUGCUGUAUUGCGAUUUGCUCCAGUACGAUACCGAUAGUGUGCUUUUGCGCUGCAUACAUUCGUGGCGGCGACAAUGUGAUGGUGAUGGCGGAGUGUGUUACCCCGGACAUGAAGCCGGCCAUCGGUACUACUUCUAUCUAAACGCUUUAUUCUUGGAAAACAACCUGUGAUACCCCGCUUGGAGAUGAAAGCAGCGGGUUUGUCAUGCUACUAAAAAUAAAAUCAGACUGACUGUGAUUUGCAUUUGUGAUGCAAAAUAAAACAGAAUGAACGCAAAAUAACAUUGUAGGUAACCACCGUGCGGCGUGCGCUGCUGUGAUGGAGAAAUACGGUGCUCUGGACCCGUGGUUAUCCACUGUGAAGAAAUUCCUGUACACGUCGUACAAAUGCUGCUUCUGCAUGGCAAAACCUGUCUUCAGCAUGACAAGUCGUGGCUGCAUAUGUUGUUCCAACGUCGUGGCGAACAGCAAAUUUGUGAUGCAUUUUAUUGUACAACAUGUGCAAAUGGUGGAAAUUUGUAUUGCAUACUUGUUUGGUAUCGAGCAGGAGUACACCCUGAUGAAACCGGCCAAGUAUGGCGAGCUCUCCACUGUGCCGCUGGGGUUCAACGAGGACGGGUCCGAACCGGCCGCGCAGGGUCCCUACUACUGCGGCGCGGGCUGCGGAUUCGGGAUUGGCCGCUCGAUCGCGGAUGUGCACUACGCCAAGUGCCUGCUAUCCUGUGCAAAAGUAUCGUACUCGUAUUGCAAUCAUGCAUUACAAAUUUUUUUCUUGAGGUAAAUCAGCAUUACAAAUUUAAUUUCUCAUGCUGAGGGAAUUUGUAAUGCAUUUAUGCGAGUGCGAUGCUUUUGCAUUGCAUACCUGCUCGCCGGCGUCAAAAUUGCGGGCAUGAACGCCGAAGUGAUGCCGGGUAAGAAGAAAUUUACAUAUACAUAGUAUAAGAAAUGUAAAUGAUUGUUCCCGAAAGUUUGUGAUGCGCAAGAACAGCUCGGCUCUACUUUGUCUUUGUCGGACUAGCAAUACAAAUAUUGACAUCUUCCAAAAAAUCAAAACAGGUCAGUGGGAGUUCCAGGUCGGACCGUGCAAGGGAAUCGAGAUGGGCGACCAUUUGCAUGUGGUAUCCUCGGUGAUAAAAACUCCGCGUCAGUGUCAGUCUUCUUGUGCAUAUCAUGCCGCGUCGUGGCUUUUUCAAUCCUAUUUUGUCAUGUUCUAAUGUGGACGACUAUAAUGCACAAGGACGAGUUGAAUUUAAAUUUUUGAAACAAGACUUUGUACAUCACAGUUGCUUGAAGGAAAUGCAUUUGUGAUUGUCGGGAUUUUUGUCACAUUGGAUACCCGGCCCGCUACAUCAUGAACCGCGUCACGGAAGACAUGGGCGUCCAGGUAAGUAAAAAACCUUCUGCUGCUAUUGCCAUUAAAUCAUGUAGACGUGCAAGACAAAUUCAAAUGCUUCUGCAAUAGGAACAACAACAGUUGAGAUUUCAAGUCUCCUUUUAUCAUCUGUGAACAAGGUUACCUACUCCCCGAAGCCGAUGGAGGGUGACUGGAACGGUGCUGGGUGCCACACCAACUUUUCGAUCAAGCAGAUGCGCGCGGAGGGCGGCUACGAGGUCAUCGAGCACGUGUGCAAGGCCUUCGGUGCGGUGGCCAAGGAGCACAUCGCGGAGUACGGUGAGGGCAACGAGAAGCGGUUGACCGGACUGCACGAGACCUGCUCCAUCAACGAGUUCAAGUAUGGCGUCGCGGACCGCGGGGCUUCCAUCCGCAUCCCGCGCGAGGCCUGGCUGAACAAGAAGGGGUAUUAAAGAGACUUGUGGUUUUCCUCCUGUUGAGGUGUGUGCAUGAGAAGAAAGUUUCCUUUUCUGGGUGCUGCAUGACAGAUUUCCGCAAUUAUCGUAGAGUUGAAGUUAGAAGUGGAAUCAAGUACUGUAACUGUUGCAGCAUCACAGCUUCUUGAUCUCGAAGCUUUGCUGUGUGGUGCGCUCUAUGCAUCACAAAUUGAUCAAACAAAACUGCUUCAUCUUCACAGGUACAUGGAGGACCGGCGCCCGGCCGCGAACUGCGACCCCUACCGCGUCACCAGCCGCAUGUUGAAGACCUUACGGAAAUGAGGAAAAAAGUCGCUUGUCAUGCACAGACAGGACGAAUCUAUGCAGAAGUUUGUCAUGCAUACUCGCACUACAGCAGCCAGCAGCUGCAACUACGAUGGCAUGAAAGUUUUUUUUGUUCUUGCCGACUUGGUUCUUUCUCUUGGAAUUCUAAAAGUUUUCGAAGACGCACGAAACCCGCAUGAUCUUCACACAGCUCCGAUAUGAUUAUGAAGCAAGCAUCGUCUCGUCCUGUGCAUCACAAACGAAAAAUUUCUUCCCCCGCAUACCCCACCGGCGAGUGCAUGUCCAAGCCGUUGGACAUUUAAGUCGUGGCCACCAUUCGACGACGAAAAUUGAUGUUUUUCGAAAAAUGAAGCAGGAAAAAUUUGUUCUAAAUUUUGGGCUAAAAGAAUGAUAUCGCCUUCUUUAUCGAGCAUCAAUAGAAAAGAUGGACAAGAAAACUACAACGGUUUUGAGAUUGAGUUGUCACAACUGAUAUGUAAGACUUCUGAUGUGCUCAGCCUAUGCUAGUUCGAAGAAAGUCGUUGUGAUAAAAAGCUUCUCCUCGUCGAAAUAAGAACGAUUUUUUACAUAAGGGACGACCAGUGUCUGCUACAAAUUAUACCUACAAAAGCCGAAACACUGUAUAGUGUAAACAAAACCAUGCGCGAUUUGUUUCGGCAGGAGGCGGCGAUAGGGCAGCAGUUAACUAAAAAUAUUUUUCUGUUGGGUAGGAAUAAGAUCUAAAACUGGAUGAGUUUGACGUUUUGACUAGCAGCACAUCAGAAUCAAGCAUCUAAAUGCUGGUCCUUGUGCACUUAUAUCUACCUUUCGUGCGGUUUAUAGCAGCUAAAGGAACGGACAGAUUGAUUUUUCUUCAUGACAACUUCUAAAAGAUAGGGCGAAUACUAUGAGCGUGAAGGUUUUUGGUACGGAUAACGAACGUGAAUCACUAGAAAAAAUCCUGCAGAUAAAGAAAUCAAACGUUUGAGUUUCUGAUAUUUUUACCUUAACAAUCAAAUCAAAAUUCACGAAGAAAUAUUCAUUUUCUCUUUCUCGUUUAUUGUGCCACGCGUCGUGGGGAGCAGAAGAGGCGCCCGCUCGCGUCCCCGACCAUCGGUGGCAGUAGAUAGCAGCAUAAUUGCUUUCUACAACCUUUUCAUCUGUACCACCAAAUCUUAAAAGCAGCUAUGUGUAGUAACCGGUGGGGGUGGUAACGGCAAGCAGAAGUUUGGUUCACUUGACACUUGAGUAAGCCAAUUUCUGCUGCGUCUUUAUCAUCUUUUGUACAGCCAGCUGCAAAACUGAAAAAUAAAGACCUUCUAUUGGUGGCCGAGGCGCUAAAUAGCAAGCAUCUUCAAUUCGUCGUGCUAAUAUAAUUUCAGGUGCUCAGGACUGCAACAAAUGACACAUAGUGGAAUCUUCUUACAGCUGCUUAUUGUUGUGCUUGUACUUCAGGAGUUACGGGGAACUAUAAAUUUCUGACCCUUGACCCAAAAGAGUCAAUGUCGAAAGUUUGUAAUUUUCGUUUCUUUAGCUUUACUAGCCUCAUCACGAAGCAGCUUCUUCGAACGAAGAAGGAGAAGAAGACGCACGGAAUUAUGGCACUGUUUUGAUAUAAUUACUCACGGCAGCUCCCUGUAAUUUUUUCCCCUCGGCUCCAACAUUCUGUUAUUUUCAACAACCUACUACUUCACAGCAAACAGUUUUUACCAUCAUGAUACCUUCUGCGGAUGUAUUGACCCAGAGUGGUGAGGAGGAAAUCGUCGUUCUGGUUGUUUUCAACGUCCAGAAAGAUGAACAUCAUCACCUUCUACUGCACUACCAGCGUCAAAAUUUUCACAGUAAAGGCUGCAUAGGGUAUACGCUGUAGCUGUUGAUAGGUCGGCGCUCCACCUCCGUUUCGAGCACUUUUAUUUUUUUGGGAAUAUGAAACGAAUUAUUCUAAAAUUGUUUCUAAGAUAGACUCUAGAUCUACCAGAAUUAAAUGUUUUAUCGCAUCGCUAAUUUUCCUACUCCAUAUCGCUUGUUCCGACGAACCGACAAUAACCUAGUACCGGGGGGUAUCAAUCCGGUGCAUAUAGGAGAGCAUCUGCAUCAACCUCCUCGUCCCAUCUAUAAAGACGAACAGAGGAAAGAAAAACUGGAGAAAGAACGCGGUAUGUCGAGUAGAGAUGAUCUACGCUCAAAAACAAAACAAAGUUUUGGAGGCGCUGUUAACUUCUAAAACGGAAGAAAAGAAGAUGCAGAAGCUCCUGCUUAGCAGGUUUUUCCAAUGCGCCACAGAGCAGUCUUUACGAAGAUGAAGAAGAAGAUCACGUCCACUGUUACUUUCGUAUUUUG